CAGACAAAUAAGAUGCUGGAUGUGAGGGAGCAUCAUGACUGCUCUUGUGCACCUACCCAGGACAAUAGCAGAGACACCGUGACACGGCAAGCCACGAUCACAAACGGAGGCUGGUUGCAAUGACAGUGAGGAAAUUCACCUCUAGAUGGAUUUCUGGAAGGGGUACCCAAACGCAGUCUACCCGGUGCGGGACCCUCGGUAGCGCUCAAGCAUCAUGUAUGUGAUGGUGCCCCUUCUGGGGGUGGCGCUGCUGAUCGUCAUCGCCUUAUUCAUCAUCUGGAGGUGCCAACUGCAGAAGGCCACCCGCCAUCACCCCUCCUACUCCCAGAACCGGUACCUUGCCAGUCGCACGGGGCACAGUCUCCCCUGGGUCAUGGUGUACCGCGGCACUGUGCAUGGCCCGACUGAGUCCUCCGGGCACCGGGGGGCAGGGAGCCACCCACAGGUGGUGCUGGGGCCCAAUCGUGGGGCCAGGGCCACAGUUCGGCUUGAGAGCACCCUCUACCUUCCCGAGAUCUCUCUUUCCAGACUGGCCAGCGCCACGCCACCCCCGUCCUAUGAGGAGGUGAUGGCUCCCCAGGAGAACAGCGGUGAGGAGGCCGGUGUCUCUUACAAUGACCCGCCCCCUAAAUACGAGGAGAUUGUGGGCGCCCACCCGAGAUCACACACAUAGUGGCAUGGGGCCUCCUUCAUGUGUCCCCAUUUUCUUUUCCCAUUUUUUUUAAGAUGGUGCCACCACUAAACAGCCUUAGCCUCCUUGCCCCUGCCAGGGGCUGACUUCUCUUACACCAAAGGAAUCAUCCCUAGAUUGUGGCCCACAUGUCCCAGUGGCAGGGGCCCAGGAGAGAGGCGAACCCUUCAGUGCCCCUGAUCCCCCAUAGUCCUGCGCUUUCUGUCCUGGCAGGCUUUUUGAGGACAAGCACAUGGAUUGGGCAAAAACAAAACAAACCCCCCCAAAAUUAAAGAACACAACAAAAUCUGGGCCAUUCAAAGACUCCCACCCAACACCCACCUCCCUGCUGCGACCAGGGCCUUGGGGGAACAGGGGAACACCUAGAGUCACCUGGCAGCAGGAGUGGGAAGGAGGAGGACCGGGGGUUGGCUGGCUGAACCCUGUCUUCCCCAGUGACUGGGAGUUUUGCCCUGGCGAAAACCCCUGUGCUGGUCUGCAGUCAUUUGGCCUAAUCGUUCCCCAUGCUCCCAACGGACACAAUUUGUCCGAGAGCUGGGUCCGAAGUGUUCCACUUGGCAGCCUCAUUGGCUUGGAAGAUCUCUCAGGCCAGGAACUCGGCCUCCUCAGCCCUGUGCUAUCUGUGAACUUGGGGAAUACUUCCCUUCCAUAUAUCUGUCCAUUGAGCUUGAACUUCAGAUCCAUGAUUUCCCCUUGAUUGUGCCCAGCCAGGGAGGAGACCAUAAAAUGUCCCCCUUUUUUGUUUUUCUUUUUUCCUUGUGGAGAGGUCGGGGGAGCCCAUGAUCUGGGGCUGGUCUGUUUUGAGUACCUGGGAGAGAAGAGGCAUAAGACUCUGUCAACGUCGCCCCCAUCUUCCUGGUGCUUUAAAGAAAUGUAGCACAUUUUGGUGGGGCCUCAAGUGUGCUUAGCCUGGAGCACAGCAGUUUAGAGAACGUAGACUCCAUGAACCGUUCCCUUUUGAAUGUAAGCUCUGCCUUUAAGGCCCCAGCUGAUUUGUGAAGAUCCUGGGGGCUCUUCCAUGAGACAAGUUCAAAGUUAGGGGCUUGGCUUACUAUCCCAGGGAGGCCAUCGGACCUGUGGCUACAGAUCUCCUUCUCCCCACUUCAGAGGCCCGUCAGAAGAGUUUUCUAGAAAUGUGUACGUUCUAACUGAGGCACCCCCAUAGGCCUUGAAGGAAGUUAGGGGGUCCUAAGCUCAUACUGGCAGAACCACGGAAGCCUGCUUGUGACCUGGGAUUGUUAAGUUCAAGGUGCCUCUUCUCAGUUGGUAGAGAGCUAGGCCUAGGCCCCACUGACCACAGCCAAUAGGAAGAUGCCAAGCAAAGCCUACCGCCUUGGGCUUUCUGUGGUGCUCUUUCCCGUUGAGUGCCUGGCUAGCUGGGGACUGGGUGGAAAUGGAGGAGAGCAGACCUUUGUCCUUCCUGGGAGCCCUGAGUCAGUGCCUUCAGGCCCAGGCCCGGGGCACCCGGGUCUCUUACUCUUCAAGAUGGAUUGAGGCGUCGGUCUGUGGGAUGUUGAGCUGCAUGCUGUAGAAACAAGGCUGUGCAGGCAGGACACUAUGGCAUGCAGUCCCUGUC